AUGGGGGGCCCCAAAGGAAAACCUGCUUAUGGCCCCACAAAUGCUUGGGCCGGCCCUGUACCUUUUGCCCCAAAAGAAUAAAAAAGACAAAAGUUAAACCUUUUAUUUUUCCCCCCUUGAUGUGGAAAAAAGUAAUAAAUAAAACAAGAUUUGGGCAAAAAUGUAUUUAAAUUAGACACAAAAACACUUAACUGAAUGUAUUUACUGCUUUAGUCAAAUUUGGUUCUGCUUCUGAACAUUACAAUGGAUUUAAUUUAAUCGAUCAUAAAAAAAGCUUACAUUUUUUAAAUAUUUCAUUCUACAAUCUAAAACUGUUUAAUAUUAUUCUAUUAAUAUAUUGUUGGAAAUGUUUUGAUGUGGCGUGAGGAGAAAUAAAGCAUGGAUUUUAUUUAUUUAUUUAUUUUAAAUAAGGUCUACAAUUACCUCGGUGUUGCAGAAAAAUAAAAAACUUCCUGUCUGGUUAAAGCUCAAGACACACCACCAAAUAAAGUCUGUGAAAUAAAAUCAUUUAUUUACCCCAAGGAACAAAAGCAAAGAGACGCAGGGAUUUUUUUUUCAGUAAAUAUUUCAGAGAGACAAACGUGGAUAUUGUCGUUGCUCCUUUAAUGUAAAUGUAUGUUUGUGCUUUUCAUUUUUCAUGCCGUGUGCUCGCCAGAGUGUGUACAUGUAUGUGUGUACAUGUGUGCAACGCAGAAUAUUGGUUGCCACAGUUACCAAAACGCCAACCUCACUGCGUCACUGCCAGACAACCUUCAUGCGAAAAAAAACAUGUUCCUGUCCUCCCGUUUAUCCAUCCUUCCACUCAUCUCCAUGUUCACCUAUUGUUUAAAAAUGGAAUCCAACAAAUCCAUGGCUGUGGGUGUGCAUGUGUGACUUUAUAUACAUUGCAUGUAUGCACAUUGCCAUGGCUACGAGCAGUGCUAACUAGCGUCAUCACUUCAAAUCCACCACACAGCAAGUAAAGAGAGGAAGAAAAGGACUCAAAACAGCUCCCUUCUGUUCAAUACCUACACACACACACACACACACACACAGGUCUUUGGCCACUGGUGUGGUCUCAUAUUCCGCUGAGCUCACCCCAUUCGUUCAACAGGGUCCAGUGGUACAGAAGAGGAGGAGGUGGGAGAAGGGCACAGGGAAGGCUUGACUUCAUGCAUACUGAUGCGACUGGAGCAAUCUGAAUGUGUUUCUGAGGGUGUCGGCGUAGUCUGGCUUGAAUCAUCUCUGCCUCUGAGGGAAGGAAAGAGCAAGAGAAGGAGAAGAAAUAUUGACAGUUUACUGUGUCGCCUCACUUCUCCAUCCUCCGCACAAGAAGGCACAGCUGGGAGCUGACACGGAACUAACUUUGCCUCACGAUGGCUGACAACAACCAGUUGCCAAAGGAUACAGGAUUCAAACUGAUCAUGUGAUCUGACUCCUUCACCAGUUCCCUGCUGUCUCUUGUAGGGGGAUCAUGACCCGUCGGCUGAGUAGCUCCACCCGUUCUCACACUGAAGACUCCAUCUUCCUGAGGCCUGAUGAGGACCCCGUCUGGCUGGAUGAACCCACAAAAAAUGAAAAAUUAGGCGAUGGAGCCCCUAAAAAGGAUGGGCUCCCCGGCUGUCAGGAUGGCCCAGCAGGAAGUCCGAACCAGCAGGGAGAGGAGGUGCUUGGUCACAAGUUGUUUACACUUGUGAUUGAGAUUUACUGCUGGGCUGUUCUGUUUAUUGCCUCCCAAGUCACGGGGUACUGGGUGUUCUUUGUGCUGGAAGGAAACGGACCACUCUCUUCCAUCUACAAAGCCCUGCAGGUCAUCGACUUCUACCUGAGCUUCGUUCUACCGUGCCAGACGAUUUUUGGAACGGAUUCCAAGCUGCUGAUGAAAGAGUUGGAAAACACCAGCCAGCACAACUGGAUCGUUCGUGGCACUGCAGGAAUCGGAGUGACCAUCUGUGCUGUCAUGGUCAUCAACAUAGUGUGUAAGUGGCACUAUGGUACUGAUUUAUGGUCGUCAGAAUCCAUAACAAGGGACAUCGGUGACCGGCGUCAGUCUGUGAGCCGCCAGCCCUCCUUCACCCUCUCAGAGUGGACGGAUGCUCAAGAGGAUCUGCUAGAUCUGGAUCCUAUCCCUCAGACUCCUGUCUUCGAUCUGGGCACGGACACCAAAAUGGAAGCGGAUGCUUCCACUCUGACUGUCACACCAGUGGGGCUUCAGGAGAGGAGAGGCUCCAACGUGUCUCUGACGUUGGACAUGUGCACACCAGGCUGCACGGAGCCCUAUGGCUACGGAGCCCAGCUGUCUCCCAGAGAUCAAUCAGCCCAGGAGUACCUCCGACAGGGAACACACGUCCUGACCCCUGCCAUGCUACACACAAGGGCCAUGGAUGACCAAAACCUGCAGGCUGAGUUUUAUGAAACUCCCAUGAACUUUGUGGACCCAAAGGAGUACAACUACCCGGGCCUGGUGAGAAAGAACCGCUACAAAACCAUUUUACCCAACACGCACAGCAGAGUCAUCUUGAAGUCGCAGGAUGAAGACGAUUUUCUCUCCACCUACAUCAACGCUAAUUAUCUUAAAGGCUAUGGGGACGAGGAGAACGCAUACAUUGCCACGCAAGGACCAACUGUCAACACCGUAGGGGACUUCUGGAGGAUGGUGUGGCAGGAGAAGAGCCCGAUUAUAGUGAUGAUCACCAACCUGGAGGAGAAGAAUGAGAAAUGUGCAGAGUACUGGCCCGAGGACACUGUGACCCAUGAGGGAAUAGAGAUUACCGUCGUUUCGGUAACCGAAGAAGAUGACUACAGUUUGAGGGUGUUUACUCUGACAUGUGAGGAGGAGAAGCGGACUCUAAAGCAUUACUGGUACACCUCCUGGCCAGAUCAGAAGACUCCAGACAAGGCUCCACCCCUGCUGGAGCUGGUGCAGGAAGUGGAGCGAGCCCGAGACGAAGCUCUGCCCUCUAGUGGACCGAUAAUAGUUCACUGCAGUGCUGGUAUUGGUCGAACUGGCUGUUUCAUUGCCACCUCAAUCCUGUGUAAGCAGCUGAGGACUGAGGGUGUGGCUGACAUCCUGAGAACCACCUGUCAGCUCCGUCUGGACAGAGGUGGGAUGAUUCAGACAUGUGAGCAGUACCAGUUUGUGCAUCAUGUCCUCAGCCUGUACGAGAAGCAGCUGUCUCACACUGCUGAGGAGUAGGGCGAGUGAUGGCUGCAGCCACACCCAGACCGAGACACACCACUGUACACCAUACCGCCCACGGUGGUAUGCACCAUCAUCACACAAUCUCACCCUUUAACUUUACUUCAAACCACAUUCUUCUCUCCAUCCGUUGCAGACCAGCUCACAUGGGACUGAGUGGCUGACGAAAUCUGUACUCAUUGUUUUUGUUUUCUUUUUCGAAAAAUUAAACAAGAGGGCGGCUUAGAUUCAGCCCUCCCACAAGAAGGAUAAUCCUAAUUGAAAACUGUAGAGGCAUCUUUCACACAGCGAGGCCCAAACUAAUCUAAAACCCAAAGUCGCUGCAUCAUUUCAUUUUGCUCUGCUGAGAGUUGUUUUUAUCACGCUAAAGUUCAUAACUCUUGGACGUCAAGGCCGUUUUACUCCCUUUUGGUCUGAAAUAGCUCCCUUACAUAAUGAUUGUACAGCUGUCAAAAGGUCAAACAGGAAGUGAAGAACUUUCAGUUUCACACCGUUAGAUCAGAAGGGCCGUCUACAGCACAAGUGCCAGUAUAGUUUUAAUCUACAGAGAUAAUCAAAUGCCAGCCUAAUUUGUAACAUGAGUUAAAUUCCACCAAGCUUUUUCUCUCUGACUCUUUUAAUGUAAAAAUAAUAAUAAUACAGAAGGUCUGAGUCACUUCAUCUUCAGGUUGCAUGGUGCUAAGUGUUCACUAAAGGCAUGUGCAAUGUUACGGAGCACAGGAAUGUAAAAGUUAGGUUUUCAUGAUCUAAUUAGGAUAUCUGUGCAAGUCCCACACUUCAGAUUUUUGUUUAAUCCAUGCUGACCGUGCAGUCCUUCUAGCCCAUGAUGUUUCUAGGAUCUGCAUCAAGGAAACAUACAGUAGAUGUUCACUCAGAGGCAUCACAGAGCUGGCACGUGGGAAAAGAUCAAACUCUACAAUAACUUAAAGGUGUGGAACACUGAAAAAAUAUUUUUUGAUGAUCAUUAUUGAUUAUAAUUGGUCACUCUGAGUUUUUCAUGCAGACUGAACAUGAAAAUUGUCUUCUACACCCAUCUGCUGCAUUAGCUUCUGAUAGAAAAUAGACAACGAAAUGCUAGGAUUUGAAUAGUCUGACCAAUCUACAUCACACUGUCACUUAACAUUCAUGAACUCACCCAUCUUUACUCACGACGGGGAAGAUUGUUGUUGUUUUAGUGUCUGUUAAACAACAGAGAACGUCUCAACUAGCAAAAGCUAACCAUUAGCAUUAACAGCUCCACCACAUUGCAGAACUUCUUCAGGCUUGUGGCUUUUGUGGAGAUAAAACAUCCAUGUUGCAAAGCAAACAGAGUCAGUUUUAGAGUCACACUGCUGUUAUCCAACCAGGGACGAGAUGCCCAAAUAUCAGGAAGUAAAACUCCAAAUCCUGUGAUCUGGCUCACUUCUAGGUCCUGGUGCGCCAGUGCAUUUUUUCCCCAGAGUACGACUUACAAGACAUUCAUUCCCACCAGAGACCGCUGAAAAUGCAACGAGUGAACCACACCUUUAAAAUAAAAAGCAAUGGGAGAUCCAGCAGAGAAGCUUUAGGUUAACCACGUUUGUCAUAUUUGUGCUCUGUGAUGCCUCUGCUCUCAGCUGUAGCUUGAACGCAUCUGUGAAGUAAAAAGUAAAUAAAUAAAAUGAAGCCCAUGAUUGUUGUAUAGACAGGCCAGGCCUAUUCUGUAUGAAGCACAAUAGACAAAUUAAUGUCUCUGAUGUUCAGCUGUAAAAUUCUUCUUCUUUUCCUGUAUUGUGUUUUGAUUGUGUUGAGUUUAAUGGAUUGCAUGUGCCGUAUGGGACUCCGUAGGUCCAAAAUCAAAGCGACGUGAUUGAUUGUCCCGCUUUCUGUUGUGUAGAAAGGGUUUAAGCCUGUUAUUAUAUUGCUUGCUCCUGGCCAAUGCUUUUGAUACAGUUUGCUUUUGUGAAACCAACCAGAGAUAUUUUUAGAACAUUUUGAUACAAUCCUUUCGAGUAGAUGCCUUGUGUAUAUUUCCGUUUACAACAUGAUGGAAUGUAGCUCAUACUGUGGAUCAAAACCAUUGGUUUCUAUUGCAAGAUUUAACAGAAGAAAAUGUGACAACUACCUAAGUUACCUUAUAGUACGGUAAAAAAAUAAAUUAUGUUCAGUCUUCAGUAUUAAUACUUUAGGCCUUCAGGCUUUGCUUUAUUAUGCUUUGCUUUAUGUGUAUGUUUUUUUUUGUUACUGUUUUCUUGGAGAAUUUUACCUCAGACUGAGUUUUUUUACACAGUCCUUACAUCCAUCUGUGACAUUAGGCCACUCUCGGUUAACACAGUUGAGAAGUAAUUGCUACAUGUGAAGGCAGCUAAAACAGUGGAGAAAGUUUUUUAUGUAACAAAGUAAAAGAAUCCAACAACUUCUUUGGCGGUCAACAUUAUCAGAGGAUGGAAUGAACCAAAUAUGUGGGAUGGGACCAAUUAGUGAAAAUCAACUCAACGCAUAAAACAAAACUGCCAAAAGUACUUUAAAGGAGAAAACAGGGCUUCUAUCAUGAUCCUCUGAUAAUGUCGGGUGAAUUUGACACCACAGCAUUUAUUUUGAGUGUUUGUUAUUCAGUGCUUUACCGGCCCGCCUCUGACGCUCAAAAUGGGGACGAUAAUAAUAAAAACAGCCAAAAAGUCAGACAUACAAUAACCAGCAAUCCGUAUUCCUCUCCUCUGCUGCUUUAAGUUGUGAGUUUUUGCAUCCAAAUAAAGGUAGAUUUUCAUGAA